AUGUGUGUUCCGCGAAAGAAAGCGAGCGGUAGCAAAAAAUCUGCGAAGGGCGGCAAGAAGAAGAGCGGCAAGCAGCAGAAAUCAUCACAGUCUCCAUCACAGCCUUCGCCUGCGCCGACAGCUCCAAAGAAGGGAGAAUCACCAGCAAAGAAGGAAGAGAAAGCACCAAAUAAGGAACAACAAAUGAAUCCGGUUGAAGAAAAUCCGGAAGAAAAGCCAAAGGAGCCGCUGCACAUUAAAGUGCCACCUCCACGGAUCAUAAAAGCGAAACGCCCAAUGAACCAGAAGCGGUCUGCAACAGAUCCUGAGUACAAAACGCUGGAGCUGGACGUAAGCGAAUGGGAAAGUGUCAAGAUUAUGAAACGGAGUGAUAUCAAAGAUGAAGAUAUCGAAAAGAAAGAAUUCAAGAGCAAUAUUCCCACUCGCAAGGCAGCAGUCGAAGUGGCGGCUUGAACGGUUCAAAAUUCUCACAUAUUCAGCAACAAUAAAUAUCUUCUUUUGAGUUGCCUCUGAUGUUUCAAGUAAAUGCUGAUUGAAAUGUAGUUCUUCGUUCAUACCCCAGCUGCAAACACCACAACAACUUCAAAUAGC